GGUUUAAGUUUUAAUUCUAUUUCCUUUCAUGUGUUCAACUCACCCGUUUUUGAUCACUUGGAUUAUUCCUCAAAUCCUGUAGCCUACUCAUCGCUUGUACUCAUCCAAUAUGGCAGCGACCAAUGACAGUAAUAACAGUAUGGCAGGGACCAAAGCUAUCAACUCUGGAGGGAAACAAUCCCCUACCUCUGCCGAACAGUCUUUUCUGCUUUCCAUCAGCUGGUCGUUACCUUGUAAGACAGGUAGUGGCUGGUUUUCAACGACUUCGCCAGGAACAACGGAGCAUGGCCACAAAAGCAGCGGAACUGGAGAUGGAAACCAAUGAACACAGUCUUGUUAUCGAUGCUCUCAGAGAGGCAGAUCCAAGUCGAAAGUGUUACCGGUUGAUUGGGGGUGUCCUUGUGGAAAGAACAGUGCAGGAGGUCCUCCCUGCACUUGAGAGCAAUAAAGAACAGAUCUCCAAAAUAGUUGAAUCACUCAACACGCAGAUGCAGGCGAAAAGGCAGGAGCUGAAUGAGUAUCGGGAACGCUUCAACAUCCGAAUAGUUGGAGAGGAAGAGGCGUCAAACAAAGCCACUGAGGAGAGGGAAGGUGCUGGAACAAAGGGUGGAGGCACAGGGGUCCUAGUGUCCUAGUUCUGAGCCUGACUAAUGGACACGGUUCCACAUUCCGAAGUAAAGGUGGUCUAGUUUACUCUACUCUUGAGCACUUUUUUAAAUGCAGGUUUUGUGAAUGACCAAAGUAGGUAAUCGUAAGUUAAAUGUGAGAAAUAAUGCGUUCCUAUUUAAUGCUGAAGGAUGUUGUUGUAGGGUUAUAGCUUGGAGGAGUUAUGUAUGCUUAGGAGUGUUUAAUGUUUACGUGUAACACACACUCUAGCAGCUCCCUGUAUUUAGGGAGUGCACAAUGACUGUCCAUAACUAUGUAGAGUUUAAAUUCACAAUAAACCAUGUUGCAAUAAA